AUGAAGACAGAAGAUACUGAAUACAAAAUGGUAACAUUCGAAUAUCUCAAUGUAGAAAGACGAGUGCUUUUGCACAGAGAUGUUCGUUUUGAACAAAUACUUGUUGCUCUUAAAUCUGAAUUUGGUCUUCCUGCCAGUGCUUCUUUGUUAUUGUUCAACAUCGUGGAAAAUUAUUCCGUUUGUGGUUCAACAGCAGGUAUUCUCUGGGGUUUAAAUGAUACCAAAGUACCCAAAUAUAGGACACUUGUUCGUGGUGAAACAGCUGAAGAUGUUAAUAUAUUUAAUAAUAGUUUUUCUAAUGCAUUUAAACGAUGUUCAAGGCGAAAUAAUGAAUUUUUUUCAAAUAUAAUUAAAUAA